AUUAAUGACAUCCAACUUGCCAAAUCCAGUUGCAAAUAAUCAUGAUUCUUUUCAACAAACUGGAGAAAAAGCUUCAUCAAAUGAACUACAUUCAUCUUUGACAUCAUCUACUCAGCAUCAUAAUCGACCUUCAUUAAGUAGUAAUGAAUCGAAAUCUCGAGAGAAAACAAAAUUUAAAGACGUUAUUGAUAAAUUUAUGGGCAAUUUUAAUGACUUUUUAAAUAAUAAUAAUAACAAUAAUUCUAAUGGAAAUAAUUCUUCAAACAAUAAAAGUUCAUCUCCACCUAUGGAUAUUUCAACACCUUAUAAUACAGUUCAUGUUACUCAUGUUGGUUUUGAUUCAGUUACAGGCGAAUUCACAGGUCUUCCUAGAGAAUGGCAAACUUUACUUACACAAAGUGGUAUCACAAGGCAGGAACAAGAAAAAAAUCCCCAAGCUGUAAUUCAUGCUAUUGAAUUCUUCCAAGGAAAUACAAAAGAAACGAUGGAAGAAGGAGUUUGGAAUAAAAUACCAAAGACGAUAUCCACUUCUUCACAAAAAAGUACAAGUACUACAAGUGAAGAUAAUAGGAAAUCAGGAUCUAAUGAAAGUAUAAAAAGUAAAACUUUAAGACGAUUUUCGGCACUUCGAAUUACAAAAUCGAAAGAUAAUGUUGCUACUGAAAGUAAAUUGACUUCAUCUAAUCAACGACAAAACUCUGAAUAUAUGGAUGAUGUUCAUUCCAUUAAUUCAGAGUCAACAGCUUCACUUAGUGAAGAAUUUGGGGAAAGAGAAAAAGAAUUACCACAAUUAACAAGACUUAAAGAGGAUCCUAAUGUGACUCAUACAAAUACACCUAUUUCUCCAUUAUCAUCAAGCACAACAGUUAAAUCUAGACCACCUAAAGAUCAAAAUAAAGCUAUGAAAGAUCAAGAUGUGAUUCGUAAAUUACAAGAAUUAUGUAUCAAUUCAAAUCCACUUUUAGUGUAUACUGAUAUGAUGAAGAUUGGUCAAGGUGCUUCUGGUGGUGUAUUUAUUGCUCAUAGACAUGGAGAUGAUAUGCCAGUAGCUAUUAAACAAAUGAAUUUGGAAAAACAGCCUAAAAAGGAACUCAUUAUUAAUGAAAUUAUGGUUAUGAAGAAAUCAAGGCAGAAGAAUAUUGUUAAUUUUAUUGAAUCUUACCUUUGGAAUGGGGAUCUUUGGGUAGUAAUGGAAUAUAUGGAAGGUGGUAGUUUAACAGACGUUGUUACUUGUAAUAUGAUUAUGGAAGGUCAAAUUGCUGCUAUCUGUAAAGAAGUACUUGAAGGCUUAAAACAUUUACAUGCAAAUGGUGUUAUUCAUAGAGAUAUUAAAAGUGAUAACGUCUUAUUGAGUAUGCAAGGCGAUAUUAAACUAACUGAUUUUGGAUUCUGUGCUCAACUUCAUGAACCUCAAUCUAAACGUACUACAUUAGUUGGUACACCAUAUUGGAUGGCACCUGAAGUAGUCACUAGAAAGGCCUAUGAUCAAAAAGUAGAUAUUUGGUCUUUAGGUAUCUUAGCUAUUGAAAUGAUUGAAGGGGAACCACCUUAUUUAAAUGAAAAUCCUUUACGUGCACUUUAUUUAAUUGCAAAUAAUGGUACACCUGAAUUACAAAAUCCUGAAGCUUUAAGUGAUGUCUUUAAAGACUUUUUGUUUCUUUGUCUUCAAGUAGAUCCUCAGUUUAGACCAACAGCAGCUGAUUUACUCAAACAUCCAUUUUUACGUAAAGCAGAUCCACUUUAUACUUUGAAUCCUUUGAUUAAAGCAGCUAAGGAUACCAUUCAGCAACAACAACAAUAGUAAUAAUAAUUAACUCAUGAACCAUUCAUAUCAUUUUUUUUUUUUUUGUUUUU